GACAAAAUUCUAGUUUAUAUUGAUCACACACGUUUUUUUUUUUUUUUUAAUUUUUGUUUUUUUUUUGUUAAAAACUUUACUUUUAUAUAAAUUUUGCAAUCAAAUUUCCAUCACGUGCACGAACAGUUUGUUGAUGAUUUUAGUGCUUUUAGAGUAGUCUCCCUUAAGUAAACGCGGAAACCCAAGUGAAUCAUUGUAAACAUUCAUGUUAAAAAUACACGUGUCGCGUGUGUAGCUGCAGUUGGCAAAUGUGUGACAACUUGAGACAACGACUUUUCGGAACCGAGCUCUAUACCAAAGAGGAUCACUUGUUGUAUUUGUCGGUUUUGAUGGGAAUCAUCUACAUACACAUGAGACAACUCUGAGUAGAGAUGCUGCUGAUACUGCUUGUAUGGAUCAACUCUCUAACAUGGAUGGUUACAUCUUUAGAACAGGACACCAGUGGAUAUGUUGUGUAUUGUCCAUGUAUGGGACGUUUUGGCAACCAGGCGGAUCAGUUUCUCGGUGCAUUAGCCUUUGCAAAAACUUUAAACCGAACAUUGAUCCUGCCACCCUGGGUUGAAUAUAGACCUGCUUACAGGACCUCGGUCCAGGUGCCCUUCGAUACGUACUUCAAGGUAGCAUCUCUGAGGGAGUAUCAUCGAGUUAUCACCAUGGAAACUUUCAUGAAGCAUUUAGCACCAACUGUCUGGCCACCUGAGGAAAGAUUUUCUUUUUGUCCAGUAGCACGAAGUCAUAGUCCAAAGACAAAUGAUUGCAAUGCUAAAUAUGGAAACCCAUUUGGACCCUUUUGGGACACGUUUGGAAUUGAUUUUGUUAAAUCAGAGAUAUUUGGACCUUUGCCGUACGAUGGGCAAGGUAUUCAUCUGAAGAAAAAAUGGGAUGAAAGAUUCCCUCCUGAGAAAUUUCCAGUGUUAUCUUUCACUGCCCCUCCAUCCAGCUUUCCAGUUCAGAAGAUUCAUGUUGGCCUCCAGAAGUAUGUCAAGUGGUCCAAUGAGUAUGAGCAGAAAGCCAAAGACUUUAUCAAGACAACAAUUGUAGAAAGACCCUAUAUUGGAAUCCAUUUGAGAAAUGGCAUAGAUUUUAAAAGAGCUUGUGAUCAUAUAAGCGACGCCCCGAGAAUGUUUGCGUCUGCCCAGUGUCUAGGUUACUCUGGUGAGAAGGGAAAACUCACUAAAGACAUAUGUUUCCCGUCUGAUGAUAUUGUGAUCCGUAAUGUGAAAAAGGAAGUCAAGCGAAUCAAGGCUAAAGUUGUAUUUGUUGCCUCAGACAACAGAUAUCUCAUUAAAGAAUUCUCAGCAGCCAUGAAGAAGGUGAAGUUUGUGAAACAGCCAAGUGAUGCCAGCCCACAUCUGGAUCUGGCUUUGUUGGGCAAGGCAGAUCAUUUCAUAGGCAACUGUAUCUCAACAUUUUCGGCAUUUGUCAAGCGGGAGCGAGAUGCUAAUAAUCUAUCAACUUCAUUUUUUGCAUUUGAACCAAAAAAACAUGAUGAACUAUAACAAAUUAUUUGAUCUCUAUACACAUUUAUAUUGCAUAUUUUGUUUGUUAACAUGUGGCAUUUAUUUUAUUUAUAUAUGUUGAAUUAUGGGUUUUUUAAAACAUUUUUACUCUACACUACAUGUAUUUACCAAAAAGUGUUAUUUGUCUAUUGCUGUUUACCACUAUCUCUUUGUUUGAAUGAUGUAACCAACUGAAAUCUGUUUUCUGUCUGCACUACAGUUAAUUUAUUCCUGGAGUUGAUGCUCUUAACAUUGAAGUGGAGAGUAACAACUUUUUCCCAUAUGCACUAUAUCUUUUAUACGCCCAUGUUUGACAGGUCAUAUUAUGGCAUUGUCCGUUCUUCCAUCCGUCCUUCUGAAAUCUUUUUAUUUCCGGAGCAUAUCUUUCCUAUCAAUUCAUAUUGGAUCAUUAAACCUUGCAUGCGAGUACAACUUGGGAUGGUGGUGCAUGUGUAGUGUACCAUAACUAGGUCACCAUGACCUACUUUUCAUGCAUUCCCACACAUUAAAGGAAAUCCUUGUUCGGGCCAUAUAUAUAUAUAUAUAUAUGAA